GUAGAAACUCUUUCACUCUACCGAUUUCAUUGAACCAUAGGGCCAGCCAUUUUUAAAAUAAGAAUUCCGAACAGCUGGUUAACUACGCUUCAAAAAAAUAAAAAUAAAAGGAUACAGCGAAAGACAAGAAAACGACCGGAGGGGCUAGAGGGUGAGUGGGAAUGUAUCUGGGCAUAAGAUGGAAUGAACUGUUACGGACGUUAUGUGUGAUAGCGAGUUUGGUUGUUCUGGGAUCAUGUGGGAAUAUGAUGACCAACCAGUGGUACGUACAGUUCCACAAUGAUGUUACACCAGAGGCUGCCCAGCAGGUCGCGCAGAGGAAUGGCUUCCAAUACGUUGGGAAGGUUUUAAACUCCCCUUCUGAGUACCAGUUCCAACAUAAUACAGUGUCCAAACUAAGGAAAAGAAGAAGUGUUCCCUAUACCAGACUUCUCAAGGCAGAUCCAUUAGUGAAACUUGCAGUACAACAGACAGGGCACAUCAGGGAAAAGAGGGGUUAUAAACCAAUGCAAACUUCACCAAUCAUAUCUAGAGUCAAACGAGAUAUUCAGAAGGUUUUAGAAGAAAAAAGAGAUUCGGGAGUGCCUAAUGAUCCUUUGUACUCUAAAGAAUGGUAUUUAAAAAACACAGGGCAGGCAGGGGGUGUACCAAAGUUGGAUUUAAAUGUGAAAGCAGCAUGGGACGUGGGAGUCACGGGGAAAGGUGUUACUACAGCUAUAAUGGAUGAUGGUGUUGAUUAUAUGCAUCCCGAUCUUUAUCACAACUAUAAUGCCGAGGCGAGCUAUGACUUCAGUAGCAACGAUGCUUUUCCCUAUCCAAGAUAUACUGAUGACUGGUUUAACAGCCAUGGUACCAGAUGUGCUGGUGAGAUUUCAGCAAGGAGAGAUAAUGGUGUGUGCGGAGUGGGAGUCGCCUAUGAUUCAAAGAUUGCUGGUCUUAGAAUGCUUGACCAGCCAUACAUGACUGAUCUGAUAGAAGCCAACUCUAUGGGGCAUAUGCCUGAUAAGAUUGACAUCUACAGUGCAUCGUGGGGACCCACUGAUGACGGAAUGACAGUCGAUGGACCAAGAAAUGCUACUAUGAGAGCCAUUGUCAACGGUGUGAACAACGGACGAGGAAAGAAGGGCUCUAUCUAUGUGUGGGCAUCGGGUGAUGGCGGGCCGGAUGAUGAUUGUAACUGUGAUGGUUAUGCGGCUAGUAUGUGGACAAUCUCCAUCAACUCAGCAACGAACGAUGGUCAGACUGCUGGAUAUGAUGAAUCGUGUUCCUCAACUUUGGCUUCUACGUUCAGUAAUGGCAAAGCGGGCUACGAGGAUGCUGGUGUUGCCACUACUGACCUUUAUGGAAAAUGUACCACUCGUCAUUCUGGUACAUCUGCUGCAGCCCCAGAAGCUGCUGGUGUUUUCGCCCUUGCCCUGGAUGCCAACCCCGAUCUUACAUGGCGUGACAUGCAGCAUUUGACUGUUCUUACCUCCAAGAGGAACCAUCUCUUUGACCCUAAUGGCUAUCAUAACUGGACGAUCAAUGGUGCUGGUCUUGAGUUCAACCAUCUCUUCGGAUACGGUGUGCUUGAUGCUGGUUCCAUCGUCGACCUGGCUCUGAACUGGAAGAGCGUGCCCGAAAGAUUCCACUGUACUGCUGGUUCUGUGAAAGGCAAAUACGCCUUCAACUCCUCCGUGGCUAUCGUUCUCACGAUCGAUACUGAUGCGUGUCUCGGCCAGGAUAAUGAGAUUAAGUAUCUGGAGCACGUGCAGUCUUUCAUCUCGGUGAAGGCAUCUCGUCGUGGUGAUCUCACCAUGUACCUUACCUCCCCAAUGGGAACUAAAUCGAUGAUCCUGAGUAAGAGACCUAGGGAUGCAGAUAGUAAGGAUGGGUUCACAAAGUGGCCAUUCAUGACCACCCAUUCCUGGGCAGAGACACCAGUUGGAACAUGGACGCUGGUCGUUGUGUUUGACUCCGAUGAGCACCAAACUGGUACACUAUUCGACUGGACUCUGAUGUUACAUGGUAGUCAGGAAUCUCCUUACGCCAAGCAGCAGAUCAAGGCUGCCGCAAAGCAUUCUAAGCUCGGCGUUGUAAAACGAGAGCAUGAGAAAUGGAGUGCCAGUAAAGAGUGAACCUGCGCUUAUUACAAUACAGAAGGGGAUGAGAUUGAAGAUUGUUAGCUUUACUGGCCAAUAAACAGAGAUUUAUUUAUUGAUUCUUACCUUUAAAUGUUGGGUUGAACUGAAACUGUGACCUUUAAUGGAACUCUCCAGACAAAACAGGACAGGAUAUGCGCACGCAUAACGACCUUCACCCCGGUUACAAUUUCUGCAAUGUUGCUUGUUUUUCUAGCACCCAAGAUAUGGAAAUAAAUUGGAAAGCAAUCAAAUCUUUCCGAGGCCGCAUUCAUUAACACGCUGGCAUUUGCGUAAACAGGGACAUAUACGCAUGUGCGUACUAUGGUGUAAAAUCUUCAUUUCCAUCCCAUCAUGUAAUUGUAAAUAACACCGCAGUAGGAAAAAUCGACAGGCGAGGUGUCGAUUUAGAAAUAUAACAUGUAUAAAAUAGUAUAUCUACUCUUCAAUGUGACGCCGUGCAUUAUUGAUGUAUAUAAAACUUCAAUACGCAACAAAACUAUAAAUUACGUUCUACAUAUCUAUAUUUUUGUUAAUGUAAAAAGGGGCAUUUAUAAAACUAUUUUUAAAUUAAAAUGCUGGAAACGUUCAAUACACGCCUGUAUAUAUACCUCUAUGAAGACAAAACUCAAAGUAAUUAGUAAUGUGUAAAAUCGCAUGAUUUAGAGAAGAUCUUAAUUUUGUUUCUCUUUAACUAUUUAAUAGAUAUAUAUUUAUGACUAUCUUCUUUAUUCUUUCAAGCAGUAUUAUAAAAUGCUUAAAUAUAUAUACGUAUAUAACAUAUUUGUGGUAUGCAAAUGAAAAAUGAUGAUGUAAUUAUUAAUGACUGAUAUAAGGCAUGGUGCAAUUAAUGAAAAGUAGUGAAAAAAGUUUAAGUUUUGAUUCAACAACACGUCUAAUAAUAAAAUUGAUAAAAAUGUAUAUGUUAAAAUUAUUUUUAGUCUUACCGUGUGGCACAAAGGAAUUUUUGAUUUCUACUUUUCAACAUGUACAAAGGAUGAUCAAUAAAUUUCCCAAUAUAUAUUUCGAUCAAUAUCUUAUAUUUAGAGUCAUAUCAUCAAAUUCUGUGGAAAUAAAGAUGUUCUUUGAUUGUACUCUGGAAAUUUAAUAUUAUUAAUCACCCAAGACCCCUUCAGUUAUAUGGUUGUUAUGGUGAGUCAAAUCUUGCUACUUGGCGCCUUUCAAUUCAGUAAGAACGAAAUUAGUGUGUUACCCAACACAUUAAUAUUCAAUUUGUUUAUACACGCAAAUAUUGUUCGCUCAAUGAAAAAGGUUAUGGCACUAAUUUGUGUGAUCGAUGAACUUAAUUAUGAAAAAACAUCCUCAAUAAUCAUUAUUGGAAAAUCUUUCUACUGCCAGUCACAUUAACUUAUAAUAAAACAUUAAAGUUGUUUGAGUUCCCCUCAUUGUGUGACCUUUGGCAACUAUGUAUCCAAAAAACAAGAACUUUAUUUUCUUGCUUGAUCUUUGGAACCACGGAAUGUCUUGGUGAAUAAAAUGGGCAGCUUUCGAUGUUCUCCCUUUUAAUAGGGGGCUCAUAAUCAUAGUUAUAUACCGUUUCACCGGGUUAAAUACAAUUGAUGUUGGUUUGGAUCAAGGUCGUGUUUAUGAACAUUUGGACAAAUUUCGAACGAAAAAGACGCAUCCUGCAGACUUGAACACAUGAACAAAAGAUUUGGCGUUGUCAUUCUCAUUAUAAAGGGUUUAACAUUGAUGUUAAAAAUUAGAAAAAAAUAUUUUACUCGAAUUUUGAAAUAGCGUCGGGUAUCUAAUCAACAGUUACCAUAGCAAUCAUAUUAUUUUCAAAUUCAGAUUGGUCAUGACUUUUCGACCCUGUUGGUAGAGUGUAUGCACUAUAUUUCUGCAAGUAGAAGAUUGCUUUCAAACUUAUAGAUCACCCCAUGUAUUUCAGCAAUAAGUACAUUUCAAUGUCGAAUCAAUGCUGCAUUUUCGACCAAGGCAGUGUUUUUAAAACUUUGUAAGAUAUAACAACAUCAUUAAUAAAUUGAACAUUUUUGAUUUUCGACAGGAGUAUUCCUAGUUUUAAAACUUAAUUAAGCCCUUAUCAACAAUUAGGGCAUUUCAAAUUAUCUUGGGAAAACUCGCAGCCUCUUUAGCUGCUGAAUUGACGUCGAGAAUUAUAUUACUAUAAAUAAAUUAAAAUUAUUGUGGUUUACAAAA